GGUGAAUCUGUGCCAGAAAUGAUCAAUAAGAAGCUCUCGUUGUAUGCCGAGUUUACAGAAUUUUCUCGAAAGCAGAUCAAAUUCUUCACGGAAACUUUCCGAAAAUAUGACGAGGAUGCUGAUGGUUUCAUUGACUUUGACGAAUUGAAACGUAUGAUGGAGAAGCUCGGCGAAGCUCAAACCCAUAUCGCUUUGAAGGAGAUUAUCCGACAGCACGUGUUCAAAAAGCCCCUUUUUCAGGUUGAUGAGGACAAAGAUGGGAAAAUUUCACUGCGGGAAUUCUUCCUGAUUUUCCGACUCGCUGCUCAAAAUCAAUUGGGAUGCUCACAAGUUUUCCAAAUGCUCGCCGAUAGUGUAGAUGUCUCCAAAGAAGGUGUACUUGGUGCAGCCAGUUUUUUCCAAGCAAAGAUAGAAGAACAAACAAAGCUAUCACGAUUCGAACAAGAAAUGAAAGAAGAACAAGAAGAACGUAAACGACUUGAAGAAGAGAAAAAAGCUCGACGAGAAAAAUUCCUUCAAAAUAAAAGCAUAUUCCAGUGA